AACCUCAAAAUCGUCCCAGUUGAUCUCUCUCUAAAGAAAAAAUUGAAACGCAAUGGAGGACGCAGAUGGACUCAGCUUCGAUUUCGAAGGCGGUCUUGAUUCCGGACCUGUUCAGUCCUCCGCUUCAGUCCCGGUUGCUCCGCCUGAAAACUCUUCCUCCGCCGCUGUUCACGUAGCACCGAGCUACGAUCACGCAGCCGCGACGGUUGCUGGAGCUGGGAGGGGACGAAGUUUCCGGCAGACUGUUUGCAGACACUGGCUUCGAGGUCUGUGUAUGAAAGGUGACGCCUGUGGAUUUCUCCACCAGUUUGACAAAGCUCGUAUGCCGAUCUGCCGGUUUUUCCGGUUAUACGGUGAAUGUCGAGAACAGGAUUGUGUGUAUAAGCAUACCAAUGAAGACAUCAAAGAAUGCAAUAUGUACAAGUUGGGAUUUUGUCCCAAUGGUCCUGAUUGUAGGUACAGGCAUGCAAAGCUACCUGGACCUCCACCACCAGUUGAGGAAGUUCUUCAGAAGAUACAACAAUUGACAUCAUACAAUUUUGGGCCAAAUAGGUUCUAUCAACCACGGAAUGUUGCUCCACAGCUACAAGAUAAACCUCAGGGGCAAGUUCCGACGCAAGGUCAGCCACAAGAAUCAGGUAACUCGAUGCAGCAACAACAACAACAACAACCUCAGCAAUCACAGCACCAGGUUAACCAGACACAGAUACCACCAAACCCUGCUGACCAAACAAACAGAUCAUCUCAUCCUUUGCCUCAGGGGGUAAAUAGGUUUGUUCAGAGUCCCAAGGUUUUUAAUUGGGUUAUUAACGGUAUGCCAGAUCCGUUUGGUAUGGGUCCAAGACCCUUUGGACCGUAUGGACCGAGGUUUGGUGGUGAUUUCAGAGGACCAGUGCCCGGAAUGACGUUUCCUGGUAGGCCACCGCAACAGUUUCCACAUGGCGGUUAUGGUAUGAUGGGAGGCGCAGGACGUGGCCCGCAUAUGGGAGGAAUGGGAAACGCUCCUCGAGGAGGCCGACCGAUGUAUUAUCCACCAGCAACAUCAUCAGCACGUCCUGGCCCAACCAACCGGAAAACACCUGAGAGAAGCGAGGAGAGAGGAGUGGGGGCGGAUCAACAAAAUCAGGAUGCAUCCCAUGACAUGGAGCAGUUUGAGGUCGGAAACAGUUUAAGAAAUGAAGAGAGUGAAAGUGAAGAAGAAGACGAAGCUCCAAGACGAUCAAGACAUGGAGAAGGAAAGAAGCGUCGGUGAGAGAGACUUACACAAGCUAUAAUUCCCCUCUCUCUCUCUCUCCCCUCUAUUUUUGAUUCAAACAUAUUAGUAUUACAUUACUGGUAUAUUGUUCGUAUUUUCGAGAUAUUUUGUACUAUCAGACGACAAGAGUUGGUAAAACAACUCUCACACAUCUUUAGUAUUAUUACUCUUUAAGGUUUAUGCCAUUA